CAAAGGUCUUGUUCUAAGUAGGUAUUCCCGAUGUUGAGGUUAUGGCUGUCCUGUGGUGAAUGAAGUACUACUUUCGGUGAUAUUGAUAGGCACACAGGGUGAGGAGACGAGAGGUCUUUGUUUAUGGCCGUAAAAAGAAUACUAAUCAGCACAGCUCCAUUACUAAAAGAUGGCAGAAGCUGCAGGUGCUACUACUGCUAACGCUUCCACGGUUCUAGGGGCGUCCACGUCUUUAUCAAAAUGCAAAAAUGUCUGGGUCUGGAAGAAUGCAAGUUUGUCAUGCUUGUCUGGCAUGACUCGAGAAUCUGUGUUGCAUAGGCACGAAAAGGCCAUCUUGCCUGUCAUGCAAAAACGCAGUUUGCCAUGCGGAAUACGUAAGACAUGGCAGCCGCAAAAUUUGUCAUGCGUAGCUGCGUAUUGCAGUGCGUCUAUCGUUCACUUUUAGCAUUACAAGUUUCCAGACCCAGACAUUUUUGCAUUUGAUCCUCUUCCUCCAGCAGCAACUCCAACCUGGCCCAGGAGGUCGACGACGCUCUCCGCGACCUCCACGACCUGCAGGAUGUGCGAUCGGCGAUGACGAAUAUUAAAAAACUGCGAAAGGAGGUGAAGGAGCUGGUUUCGGAGAAUGAAGCGAAGCAAAGGGAAAUGGACAUGCAGGCCGGGUUUUUCUCGCAAAUAAACCGGGGCGAAGAGGAAAUGAAGCAAAGCUCUGCUGCCGCAGCGCAACCGGGUCGUGAAGGUGGGCAUGAUGACGGUGCAGCAACCGCUCCUUCUGGCCCGACCGGGGGCAAGCGGCACCUGUGGUCUGCGUCGGAGGUGCGCAUGCAGGAGCGGAUCAUAGCCAUGCAGAAGAAGAAGGCGGAGCUCCAGCAGACCGUGCUAGCCUUGCAAACAAAGGAGACGGAUCUCCGUCUGCAGGUCGACGAAGUGCGCAGAGAGGUAAAGUUUUACUUCUUCCUGUAGAAGUUUUUAGCAUGCAUAACGAACAACGCAACCGAGUAAUGCAACAAUUAAGUCAGAUCUUCGAUUCUUCUUACAACAUCCCCGCAAAAAAUAAAUAAAAGGUCUACACUGCCCGGGAGCAACAGAAAUAUUCCGCUUCGGAGAAGCGGUGGCGGAAAUUCCUGCACCGGAAGAAGUACCAACUGUAUCAAGUGCAAAGGUGUGUCGUGGUUCCGGAACAUAGCAACUUGUCAUGCUACAUCUGAAUCGUGCAAGAAUUUGUGUUGCAUGAAAAGUGCCAAAAGCCGGCGUCCAUUUAUUUUUGACCAAGGUGAAGAGGGGGAGUUUCUCAUGCAGAAUAGGCAUGAUAGAGAUCUACUCACAGAGUCUGCCAUGCUAGGUCCUGCAGUCCAGGCCUCCUGGGUCAUGGAAAACCUGCACCAAAAGUCGCGUAGUCUUCCAGAGCCAGACAUAUUUGCAUUUGAUAAACUGUACAAACAAGCCACGGGCAUUCGCUGGGCGGUGUGAAAUGCAAAUCUGUCUGGGUCUGGAAAAGUGCAUGACCGUUUGUCAUGCUUGCCUGACAUGCCUCUGAACUCUGUGUCAUGCUCUCGAGCGAAUGGCCCCACGUGUUUGUCAUGCGAAAAUAACGCACUGACUCUGCCAUGCACAAUGCGCAGCACACAGGCAUGAAAACACCUUCUUAUGCUUGGCUGUGUGUGAUGAAAACAGCUUUUCGCAUGACAACUUUCCAGACCUCCUAGACAUAUUUGCAAUCCAUAGGAGGACCCCAGCGGCAACUCCGCCACCGGUGCGGCGGCUGGCGCGCCGCCGGUGGUGAGCCAGGGCGUGAAGGGGUACGUGUCAUUGGAUCGCGUGUCCGCGUUUGAUUUGACGGCGAUCCCGGAUGAGUUCUGCGCUGAGGCUCUGUGGAACAAAAUCGAGCACUGCGCCGGGCUCUCCGUGCACGCCGGGGCAAAUAGUGGGAGCGGUGCGACUUCUUCUACGUGGGCAGGGGCGUCAGGGGAAUGAGUAAUUAAGGUUCGGCUGAUUUUGGAUGGUGCAGCUGCAGAACCAAAAAUCUGUCUGAUAGUACGGGAAAAAUACGCCGGUUUUAUAUUAAAAAGACACUAUUGAAGAAAGAAAAUUUGGACUUGUGUUGAUUCUAACACGAAAUAAACGAUGAUAAUGUAUCGAGCUGUUUGCAGGAGACUUCUCCCAAGUUUUCGUUUAUCCGAUAGAAUUAGAACCGUCGUGCUAGUUGAAACCGGACAUAAACAAAGAACCGUCCGACCCCCGGCGUGUGUCCAUGAUUCUGGGCACCAGAAAAAUCUGUAUUAGAAGUAAAUGAACGACUACCCGCGAAUGAAAAUUUGUGUAGAAUUUCAUCUUUCGGCCAGAUGCCAAUCGUGUAGUUCUUAGAGGUAUUGUCGGAC